UAUAAAUGAUCACAAAAAUUAAUCUGAAAAAUUUACUAAUCACGAAGGAUUUCACAGACGUUUUCAAAUAGAUUAAGCAGACGCCAGAAUGACUGCAAAGCAAAGGGCUAAUAACAAAUUAAUUACACCUGAUCAUUAUAAAAGCACCUAAACCAAAAUGUACUUCCACUUUCAAAUCAGACACAUCUUUGUAAACACAAAAUUGCAACAACCAUGAAGUUCCUUCACAUCAUUUCCUUGGUUUCCAUCUUGACUAUCGCCUCCUGCUCGAUCUACAGCAUUGAAAACCCAGAUGGUUCUUACACGAUUGGUCACACCUCUGCUUCCAGAGGCGAAGCGGGGAACUCCGCCGCCGCUGUUCUUUCGAAAGGAGCAGGUUACACCCUCAACGAAAAUUAUGAACCCGAGCAAGAAGAUUAUCAAUCAACACUUGUAAGCGAAGAUACAGAAUCUAGGAAUCUUCUAUCGCCCCACGUGGAAAUUCUGCAAUUAAUCGAGACGUUCCUCCGGUUCAAAGGUGAACUGGCUUCAAGAGUUCAAGCCCUCAUCUCUGACAACUGGGAGAUAAUUCGGGGCGUCUACUUAGCUGUCAUCAACAAAAUAGGAACUCUACACACUUUCACCCUCACCGGAAUCAAGAUUUUGAGGAAAGUGUUGGAACUUGCGGUGACUUUGAUGGCUCAGUGGCAGAUUAAUUUACCGUCGGUUUCGCUGGACUUUAAUGUGGGGAACGAAAAUACCAACCAAGGGAGUUCUUUCCAUUUUGACAAAAAUGCCUUUUUUGGUAGAAAGUGAUUUAAUUAGUGUAAAAUG